AUGCCUCGCAAAGGUUCUCGCGCCUCGAACUUUGACGAUGAGAUUGACGACGGUCUAGAAGGCUUGCGAUUGCGCCCGAUCCACCCUCAAAAACAAGAGUCUGCCUCAGAUGCUCCCCUACUGCACCAUGAAGACAAUUCGACUCAGUCUGAGAUCGGUGUAUUUGGUACUACACCACACAAUUCUCACGCACAAAGGCAACGUCGGGGAAAGUACGCUGCUGUACCAGAUAGCGAUGUUGUCGAGGAGGCUGGCCAUGAUCGCAAACAACCGGAGGCGACUACAUCGCACGAAUGGAGUGAUAAUCGGCCCCGAUGGAAGCCAUACUCUCUCAGAUGGCCUGCUUUAUUGUCUACUCUCAUCAUCGCCCUGGUGCUCGGGAUGCUCGUUAUCUUUCUCCUCGUGUAUUCCACCGUGCAUGAUGGCCUUGGUGACGACGAUGGAACCUCCGUAGUGCUCUUCGGGUGGCGAUUUGCUCCGACGCUCAUCACAGUGCUGUACGCAAUUCUGACCGCAAUCAUUUUCAAGGAUGCUCGGCGAACUGAGGCUUUUGCGCGAAUGUCCCAUGAAUCAGGUUCCUCCUCGACUUCAAGCUUGUUCAUGAAGCCUGGACAGUGGUGGGUCAUCUUGAUUGACAGUUUUCAAAGACGAGAGAACCAUGGCCGCAUCAACUAUUUCCUUCUAUCUACAGUACUCGUCAAUGUCAUCAGCUUCCUCCUGAUCAACCCUUUGUCAUCUGCAUUAUUACAAAGCCAACCAGUGGAGCUAAUCUCCCAAGUCCCCUUUUCGCGAUAUGAAGUCUCCGAGACUGAGCCUAUCAAUAUGGCGGGCAACGACAUUGUGUACUUUCGAACGAUCGGAAACAUCCUUCAGAAUCUGACCACAUCCGCCUGGUUGACGGACAAAUAUGCUGUUGUGCCAUUUUCGCCUUCGUCACGCGCUAUCGACUUGGGAGUCGCGGCGACCAAGAAACCCCAGACAUGGCAGGCCAACACGACCGUGCUAUCGAUAGAUCUCGACUGCGAGGCAAUGGAUAUCCGAAGAGCCAUAUGGUUUGAGAACUCCACCAAGAAUGGUGUGACAUAUUACCGGUCUCUGUUGCUCAGCGAUAGCGGAGGAUGCGAGGCUGGGAUCAGCGGAUAUAACCAGUACAUGGCUUACUAUGGCGGAGGUUCUUGGUUUUCACCGCCACAUGUUGUCUCAACGGUAUGGGACGACAACGACUCAAGCCGGUACUAUAACUCUACGCAAGCCUGUGCCGAUCGACAAGUUAUACUGUCCACCAACGGCACCUGGCAGGGCGCUAGAUCAGACACCUGGAACGACGGUUUCAAGGCCGCGGCAUGGUCGUGUCAAAGUAGCUUUUACGUUGCCGAGAUGCCUGUCACGACUACCACAGGAAUAAGUGGCACUGUGGUCGAUGUUGACGACUCUCUGUUCGCGGCUCAACGCAGUCUCGUGUCGCCGCGCAUUCUUGACCAGACUCGCUUUGAGACUGCUUUUCUGGCUCGCAACUGGACAAGCAUGAUCUAUUCCCCUGACAUCGACGCGGUGCCGAAUUUUGGGGGCGCAUCAGCCCUGCUGGCUGCUGCAUACGAUCUGGAUCCCAUCAGCAUGAUACAGGAUGGCGCUCUUGGCGAGACCGCUCGAAGGAUUAAACAACGGUUUUUAGGCGAAAUGAUGGUUGCAAGUAUAUCUGCAAACACAGCAUCUCUGCAGACUGGACAGGUCACUGAGAGUCCACGAAGGGUGGUGGUCAACCUUCCCAUAGCAGUCUCGCUGGCCGUGCUUUUCAUCGUGGCAGCCGGUCUGACCGCUGUAGCUUUGUUUGUGUCAAAGCAGCGCCCUCUGAAUCUGUACAACGAUCCGGCGUCGGUGGCGGCCGUGGUCAAGCUCAUCGAGGGCAACUCGGUCCUUCGCGACUGCUUCAAGCCACAGGAUGCCAGCCGCGGCGACGCGGGACACACACUGGACAACACAACGCAUUACUUACGCGACGGACUACUCCUCUCGGUCAAGACAGUUGAAGAUCAACCAGCGAUGCUGAUGUGGGCAACAGAGGACAUCCCCUCUCCGACAGAGACACCCCGGGAUUGGAGGCCCUUUGCCGUGCGGCGACUUGGUGGUAGUCUGUUGCUUUUACUCUUGACCGCAAUGCUGGCUGCCAUUCUGACCCUCUACGUACUGGCACGGACGACCGGCCUUUAUGAGAGCGCCUUCACGUACCAAACCAACUUGCUCUCUUCCAGAAGCAGUCUCUUCACAUUUGCACCUUAUUCGAUAGUGCCCACUUUCCUUGCCGUCCUGGUAGGCCUAUGGUGGGAUAGCCUGGACGAGACUUUCCGCAGACUCCAGCCUUACGUGACGAUGGCGCAAAAGCCGGUGCCAGCUACGCCCAAUAUUGGCUUGUCAUACGUGGCAACGCAUCCCCUUGGCUCCAUGGUCAAAGCGGCGAGGAACAGCCACUGGCUCGUUGCAUUGGUCUCGGCCGGUGCUGUCUUGGCUCAAGUUCUUACGGUGUCCAUGUCAGCCUUGUGGCAGAGAGCUGACGGAUCUCGACCUGGUGACAUUGGUCUGGUUCGCACUCUGGAGCCGAGAACCCAGCCAUUCGUCUAUGUAUAUGCUGUGGGCAGUUCCAUGGGCGGAGGCGACCCGGAAGGGCAAAAUAUUCUCUCCAGCUUUUAUGGCGACCUGUCGACCAACUGGCUGUACUCGGCAACAUUGCAACUUGCAUAUAACGGAUCAGAACCGGUCUGGAGCAGCGAUGGAUGGAGCUUUGUGCCAGUAAAUCUAACUUCGAUUCGGGAUUCACAAAUGUACCAGGAUACGCCCUCUUCAUCUACCAAUGGGACUGGCGGAUCUGUGAAGAGUGUUAAUGUCACCCUGAUAACGCCAGCUUUACGAGCCACCGCGGAUUGUAGCGCUCUGGAUUCGACGACAAACCUGUCGAGCUGGACGACCGAAUGGGACCUGACCGAUCCAGGAGUGUGGAAUGUGUCGACAAAUCCGACUUCUCUGAAGAAAGGAAUUGAGGUCAACAAGGAAUACGAGCUCGGUGCUAGUGCUGCGCUAUCGACGACGCCAAUCCUGAGCCGGGCAAGGACAAUUGUAUGUUGCGCGAAUUCAUCGGGCGAUGGCCACGACUCGGCGGCUAUUGGCUAUUGGUCCAACAAUUAUGGACAAGGCCUGCAAUAUGACUUUGAGACCUCCUCGGGCCCAUAUCCUCGUAACUUUACGAUGAAGUGGAUCAAAGGAAACGCCCUUCAAGAUGACUAUUACAUGAACUCGACAUAUGCGGAAUCCGAAACCAUGGAAUCCCACGAUUUCAGACAUCUAAUCUGGAGAGAAGGCCCGACAAUGACGGCGCUUAAUUGUCGCCCACGGAUAGAAUGGGCCAACGCCAGUGUGACGGUUGACAUGAGUACCGGCCGGGUGUGGAAAUACUCGGUUGUCGACGCUCCAAAGACUGUUGGUUGGCCUUGGACUGACGUCUAUCAAAGCCACAGCUACACCCAACCGGGGGACGGCGUGGACAAGGGUGUCAUUCACGACCAGGUUACGGUCAGUCCUGGAGUGCUGUUUCAAGACGCGUUGAUGUUUGCUGCGGAUCUGCAGAAGUUCUGGCCCGCCGGCGGAGCUUCCUACAUCCAUACGGAAAAUCUGGAUGACAAGAAUUUCAACUUCCGUCUUCCUCCUCAGGGACUCAAUGUCGAUCUCAUGUCAUAUUCCAUGUAUCAGCUUGCCCAUGGUGAUAUGGAUGUGCUGAUGGAUCCAUCGCAGAUGGAGCAGCUCGGGCAGCGAGUCCUGGCGACGUUCUUCCAGCACUUCAUUUCUUCAAACGUCUCGGCUAGUGGCGGUUGGGGAUUUCAGCAGAUCGGAGCUACUCUGCCUGGAGAUCUCGGAAACAUCACGCAUGACGUCCUCAACCCGGGUGACUAUCAAGACCAAAACACUACUCUAACUUCCGACACGAAUGCUCCGGCCCAUGUGGAGAUCGCCGUUGAGGUUCUUCAGAUGUCACCUGUGGCGGUAUACAUUUCCAUGAUCAUUUUGUUGAUCCUGUCACUGGUCACACUGCUGGUGUAUCUGGUGGGAUAUCGGCAUUUAAGGAAAUUGAGGUACGAUUUUGACGAUCUGGCAAGCGUCAUCAGUGUCGUCUAUGAUAGCACGAAAUUGCAACGCUGGGUUCAGGACCAUCCUGAUCCCAAGGAUUGGACGCGCAGAACGGCCGAUGGGCAGGUCCCGCGUGUUCAGCUCGGCCCGUUCCCUGGCAGUACGGGACAGGAGAUAUGGGGGAUAGAAGUUGUUGAUACCGAGCAGCGGCAGACUUAA